AUGAGGAAUGAGGAAGUUUUAGAUGGCCCUGUCCCUUGCAAUGCUUCUCAUGUUUGGAAGAGUAUUUCAAAGGCUUUUGGUGCUCUUAAGGAUGUCUUCUCUUGGUGCGUUGGGUCACUUGAUCAAUCUUUUUGGUUUGACAAUUGGAGUAUUGAGGGCCCAAUUGCUCAAGAUGUCCCUUUUGUACAUAUAUCUGACUCUGAUUUAAUUAUUAGAGACGUUUGGAAAGAUGGUCAAUGGAAUCUCCAUGAUAUUUUCUCUAUCAUUCCAGAAGAUGUCAAACAGCGUUUGAAUGCUUAUAAUCCGGAUCUGAAUGCUGGAGAAAGUUUGGGUUGGUCGUGGGGUGUGGCAUCUUCUAGACUCUACUCAGUUAGGAGUGGGUACAGUUGGCUAGCCAAAAGAAAGUUUGACUGGAAUGAGCAUGAUAAUUGGUUGUGGGUAUGGCGACUGCAUAUUCUUGAGAAGUACAAGUUCUUGAUUUGGCUCAGUCUUCAUAAUGCUAUUCCUACGGCAGAGUUUUGUUUGGGUCGUGGUUUAGCUUUAUCUAACACCUGUCAUCGGUAUCAAAAUGGUUAUGAAUCCAUUCUUCAUUGUCUUCGGGAGUGCCCUAGUGCCAAGAAGGUCUGGAACCUUUUAGGCCUGUAUUCAGAUAACUCGAAUUUACAUGAUUGGCUCUACAGAGAUGAUUCAUGGAGUGCUAGUAAGGUGGUGAGUUUGAUUCGUAGUUCAGUAAGGGAGUUUCACACUAUUUUUGCUAUGCAUCAAUCUCUGUCUCCUCCUUCACUUUGUUUGCAUUGGGUUCCACCUCCAGUUCAUUCUGUUAAAUUAAAUUGUAAUGCUAGUUGGUUUGCUCCUUCUGGCUAUGCUGGUUUUGGUUGUAUCAUUCGCAAUCCUGAUGGAUGUUGGUUGAAAGGUUGCACUGGAAAAGUCGAAGUGUGCAGUGUUCUUUUUGCUGAAUUGUAUGCAAUUUGGAGAGAUUGUAUGGCUAAAGCAGCUGCUUCUGUCGCGGACAUUCACUCGAAUUGGAGCCAACCUUGA